GUCCUGAGCUGGGCUGUGGUCACAGGGCUGAAGACGGGCAGGAGAGAUGUGUCAGAAAGGUGUUGCAAGAGCAGCUGUCCCCCUGUGUCCCAGCCCUGUGCCUCCCUCUCCUCUGGAUUAUCCCCAAGAGCCUCGUAACUGCUUUCUUGUUGCCACACGUCUCCCUUGGUUUAGUCUUAAAAAGCAUCCAGAUCCUAAAGAUCUCUUUAAAGCAUAAGGUACAUUGUAGCCCCUUCCUCCUCAAAAUCUCCCAAAGGCAGGUCUCCCAAUCAGAGAGACAAAUCCUUCCAGUGGCCCUCAAGGCCCCCCAUGACCCUGCCUCCUCAUUAUCUCUCUGACUUCCUGUCCUUCCUCCCACCUUGCUUACUCUGCUAUUCCACCAAUACCUCGGGCACACAUGCCCCAGGGCCUUUGCACUCACUGAUUUCCCUCCCUGGACACACUACCCGCCCCCCCACCCAAGGUAGCCCUAAGGCUUGCCCCCUCACUUCCUUCAGGUCUGUCGGCUUUUCAGAGAGGCCAUCCCUUGCUGGUCUAUGUAAAGUAGCACCCCUGCCCCGGUCCUCCAGUCCACUGUUCCUGCUGUAUUUCUCAACCCAGCACAUGUUAUCGCUUACUGUAUUUCUUUAUCCGUUAAUUUUCUCCGCUAGGAUUUCAGCUCCAUGAAGCUGAAGAGUAUCUGCUUUGUUCACUGCUGUCUGUGUUUCCAGACCUUGGAGUGGGGGGUGGCACAUAGUAGGUGUUCAAGCAUUUGUUGAAUGAAGGACCAGGGUGCUCUGUGUGAUGCCGAGGGCUGGCUGGGUUUCUUUCCAGGAAGACUUUUUGGUAUCAGCUCGAGCAGGAACUCUCUUAUCUGUGAAUUAUCAGCCCCUUGGCCUUAUUAUCUGCCUGCGCUCUUGGCCUGACACCAAGGGGCAGGUGGCCCUGAAAUACUCUGUCUAGAGAGGCCGAUGCUGGCCAUGAACAGAACUGGUGCUGGAGAAACCAGAUUUGGAAGGUCUUUCUAGAAGGAUCCUUAGAGAUGGUCUUUUCCAAGCUCUUUAUUUUACAGGUGGAGAAAUUGAGGCUCAGAAAUGGUGGGGGAGGCCGUACCCCAAGAUCACAGAGCAAGUGUGUAGAAGAUAGAAACCAGGUCCCUUGCUCAGGAGAGAGAGAGUAUGUGUGAGCGAGAGAGGAGCAGAGAGAGAGGGAGAGAGAAUCCCAAACAGACUCUCCGCCAACAGCACAGAGCCCCAUGUGGGGCUCAAUCCCACAAACCGUGAGAUCAGGACCUGAGCCGAGAUCAAGAGCCAGAUGCUUAACUAACUGAGCCCCCCAGGCCAGAGUUUCUAAAUGCCUUUUCCAUGGGCAUUGCAUUUGCAGGUGUGAUUUUUUUUUUUUUCACAGAGUGGAAGGUUUAAUAUUGUUAAGAUACAAUUCUCCCCAAAUUGGCGUACGGAUUCAGUGCAAUCCCCAUCAAAAUCCCAGCAGUUUUUGGUAGAGAUUGAUCAGCUGAUUCUAAAAUUGACACAGAAGUAUGAAGGACCUAUCGUGGCCAAAACAAUUCUUAAAAAAAGGACAAAGGGUGGGAGGGAUACCUGAUUUCGAGACUUAACAUAAAGCUGCAGUUAUGAAGUCCGUGUGGUCUUAGCAUAAGGGUAGACCUGUCAUUCAAUUAGCAGAAUAUGGAGUCCAGAAUCAGACUCCCGCUUAAACAGCAGAUUGAUUUUUGACCAGAGUGCCAAGGUAAUUCAGUGUGGGAGCAGACAUUUCCGGACUAGCGCUGGAAAAACUAACUACCCCUACGGAAAACAAUGAGCCGCAGUCUUCCCUCAUACCACACACAGAAAUUAACCGAGAAUGUAGCCUAAACCUAAGUGCUAAAGGCACCAGUUUUGCUUAAAGCCGGGCAUGAUUUUAUCCGAUGAAGAGUUUUCUGCUACCUGUUCCUCUGUGAUCUCGGGGCAGAGCAAGCGACCGACGCAGAAAGCUCACCACGCCCUGCCACCGGGGCACUGCAGGGGGUCCUGGCAGGUGCAUGUGUGGACAUGCCAAGACAGCAAAGGUGUAGGAAUCCAGACUCGUGGUGGCUUGUGUUGCCUGAACUGAGCAGAAAGCUCGGGGACGGUGACUUCACCCUAUGCUCCUGAGAAGCCAACCCCAGGCAGCCCGAUCUUCAGUCCAGCCUCCAGUGCAGAGGGGCAGUGACCCUGGCAGGGAGGGAUGGCCUCGGGAAGAGAGGAGAGGUCUAAGACUUGGGGGCAGAUCUCCCUAGGUGGAAAUCGUGUCUCCCAGGCUUUGGGAAGGUGGCCUUUCCUCUCUCGGGACCCGUGAACACUCAGGUACUUUAAUAUGAAAAGUCAAAGGCGUGUGACCUUAAUUUGUACCCACAGAUGGUGAGGCAGGACGUGUCAAUUACACUUUCUACCAGCUGUAAUCUGUAUCCACACAUGGCUUACAGUUUGCAAAAGGCAUUUCCCUGGUCAGUUACCGUAUCUGAUCUUGGCUUUGUGGGCCAUUUAGGGAUCAUUUACUCACUCGUUCAGAAUAUAUGUAUUUAUCUAUCUACAUCUAUCUACCUAUAUAUCGAGCCCCCGCUUUGUGCUAGCGUCCGUGCUGGCCACGACGGGGACGCAACAAUGAGUGACAGCAGACUUGGUCCCUGCCCUCUGGGAGCUGACAUUGGUUUUCAUGGCAUCAAUGUGUAAUCAGUGCCUUCGAGAAAGACCUUGGGUUGUUUUUCAUCGUUUGCAAUCGAGAACCAACCUGUGACCUGUACAAAUGGCACUUAUCUACGGAUAAAUUCACAGACUGGGAUGGCGUGGCGAAAGGGUUUCGCUGGGUGUCAUUCAGUUGCCCUCCACCACUGGACUGGUACCAUCUGGCAUGCCUCCCGGCCAUGUGCGAGAUGCCUGUUUGCUCACAGCCUGGCCAGAAGAACGUGUUGUCGAAGUUUUGGAUUUUUGCCAAUCUGACAGAUGGAUUUGUGGACGCGGAGAGCUUGUGGAAGGGCCGUGUUCCUGUUGGCAGAGAAGACCAGCCAGUUCCCGCUGGAGGCUCCUGGUGUCAUCUGGGGAGAACAUGUCCAGGCCCCCUGACUGCCUGCUGCGGCUGCUCCGGGGAGCCCCGAGGCAGCGGGUCUGCACCCUGUUUAUCAUCAGCUUCAAGUUCACGUUUUUCGUCUCCGUCAUGAUCUACUGGCACAUCGCGGGAGAGCCCGGCGGCCAGAGGGAGUUCUCUAACCUGCCUGCCGACGUCCCCUGCCCCCGACUGGUGCCCCCUACGCCGAUCUCCAGCACCCCGCCUCCGGGCAACAUCUUCUUCCUGGAGACCUCAGACCGGACCAGCCCCAACUUCCUAUUCAUGUGCUCCGUGGAGUCGGCGGCCAGGGCUCACCCCGAGUCCCGGGUGGUGGUCCUGAUGAAGGGGCUGCCCGGCGGGAACGCCUCCCUGCCCCGGCACCUGGGGCUCUCGCUUCUGGGCUGCUUCCCCAACGUCCACGUGCUCCCGCUGGACCUGGAAGAGCUGUUCCGGGACACGCCGCUGGCGGCCUGGUACGCGGCCAGGCGACGCCGGUGGGAGCCUUACCUGCUGCCCGUGCUCUCCGAUGCCUCCAGGAUCGCGCUCAUGUGGAAGUUCGGGGGCAUCUACCUGGACACGGACUUCAUCGUCCUCAAGAGCCUGCGGAAUCUGACCAACACGCUGGGCACUCAGUCCCGCUACGUCCUCAACGGGGCCUUCCUGGCCUUCGAGCGCCACCACGAGUUCAUGGCGCUGUGCAUGCGAGACUUCGUGGCCCACUACAACGGCUGGAUCUGGGGCCACCAGGGCCCGCAGCUGCUCACGCGGGUCUUCAAGAAGUGGUGCUCCGUCCGCAGCCUGGGUGACAGCCACGCCUGCCGCGGGGUCACCGCCCUGCCCUGUGAGGCCUUCUACCCCAUCCCCUGGCAGCACUGGAAGAAGUACUUCGAGGACAUCAGCCCCCAGGAGCUGCACCGGCUGCUCAACGCCACCUACGCCGUCCACGUGUGGAACAGGAAGAGCCAGGGCACCCGCUUCAAGGCCACGUCCAGGGCACUGCUGGCCCAGCUCCAUGCCCGCUACUGCCCCACGACACACGAGGCCAUGAAGAUGUACUUGUGAGGGCCCUGCCGGCCACCCCCCCACCCUGCGCCCCACCUGGGCGUCCUGAUGGAGAGGGGCACCCGGUCACCUUUCCCCGGGGGAGGCGAGACAGGGCGGGGGG